AUGGCUCAAGAUGAAGAUCACCUCACAGACAGUAACAGGAGUAUUAAUACAAUUAGUGAGUUACCCGGAAGACCGUUUUCGUUCACUGUAGAAGUUCCUUUAUUCCUGACCAUAUUAGGACUAUCUCUAUCAGGCACAGCUAUAACCAAUAUUGUACUUUAUAGAACUUGCAUUCACUCUCUUCAUCACACAGUUGAUGAAUGCCAUAUAUUUCUUAUGCCACUAAAGAAUAAUGAAACUCAUAGUCUGGAGGAAGAAGUUCAAAAGUAUGCUGCUUUUGUGCAAAUGGUCAAAAUUGUUAUUGAGUCUGUGGGACCUGCUAUACUUUCUCUUUUUUUGGGAGUUUGGUCUGAUACUCAUGGAAGAAAGCCAUUAAUUGUUUGGCCAUUAUUUGGUAUCACGAUGACGGCGGUAUUGAACGUCAUCUACAGUAUGUUGGACAACUUCGGACCCUGGUGGUACCUCCUCACAGCUAUCCCCUUCUCCUUAACUGGCGGCUUCAGUGUUUUAUUUACCGGGGCAUAUUGUUACAUGAGCGAUGUCACCUCAACUGAAACUCGGUCUCUUAGAAUGACGGUAAUAGAAGCGGCUUUAUCUGUAGGCAGCGUGACGGGAUCCCUUAUAAGCUCCUACCUGCUGAAAGCAGUGGGAAAUGUUUACCUGUUGCUCAUAGUAACUACACUUAAUGUGGUCGCUUACGUAUAUACCAACCUUUAUGUAAGAGAAUCAUUGACGGGUGCAAUACAGGGUGGCAUAACAACAGUUCUCGAUUUUCUAUUAGUAAAAGAAAUGUUUAGGGAAUGUUUCAAACGGCGUCCCAACAAUUUAAGAGCACAAUUGCUUCUUCUCGCUAUAGCCAAUAGUCUUUCUAUAUUUAUUUUCUAUGGAGUUUUUAAUCUAGAAUAUAUGUAUACGAGGGAAAAAUUAAGUUGGGCAUUGAAAGACUAUAACACAUAUUCAGCAGUAAGCACUAGCAUAGCCUUCAUUGGUUCUUUCUUAGGUGUAGCAGUAAUACAAAGAGUGUUGGCAAUCAGUGAUCUAGGAUUUGCAAUGGUGGCGUUUUUAACCACUGCUAUUCAAUAUAUGGUUAAAGCUUUUGCUGUCCUCACAUGGCAUAUGUAUCUUGGUCCCGCCAUUGCUCUUUUUGGUGGACUAUCCUCGCCUCUCAUUAGAUCGAUGCUGACUAAAAUUUUGCCAUUAGAAGACAUAGCCAAAGCGUUCGCUUUAAUGUGCGCUAUUGAAGGCAUCUGUCCGCUUAUAUCGCCAUUUUUGUAUAGCACAGUUUAUAGAUCUACUAUAACAUUGUUCCCUGGAGCUAUAUAUCUAUUGUCGGCAUUUAUAAAUGCUAUUUGCGUCAUAAUGUUAGGAUUUGUCGCGUACUACAGAACGAGAGUAACGUCACCUGCGUAUCAACCAGUGUCAAACCAGUUAUAGUGUGCUUUAAAAUUUUUCAAAUAUUCUUUGUUUUGAAGAUUUUCAUAAUUUAGCAUCGAAUCAUUGUCAUCGUAUAUCGAAUUUUAUACAUUAAUAGGUGUUGGAAACAUGAAACAUAGAUUAAAUUAUAUUUCAACCUAAGGGUAACUGGCUAGCAGUUAUGUGUUGUUUUUUUAUGAUUAUGGCAUGGCUAUCACAUUUUCUUAAGAUGACUUUUUUUGUGAUUUUCAAUAGUCUGCUUUUAUGGGUUUCUUAUAACAAAAGUAGUUAUCCGUGCCAUUUCUUUCUGCCGAAUCAUCAGAACUACAUGUAGGUAGUUGAUCUUAUACACAUUAAUUAAUUCAGUAGAUAUUAUAGUAGAUAAUUAUUAAUAAACAUAUUUUAAUAGUGGACAGAGAUAUGUAAAAUGUAAUCAAGGAUUAUUUAUUAAUUUUAGACUCGGAUUAGAUAUUUGUCUUUACGUUUGUGUUU